AUGAGCGACGACGACUUUGAUUUGGUCGAUGAUUUAUUUGACGCCGCGGCGCUCGAGACGCUGGACAAAGUCGAGCAACGACACGCUCAGAGUGCAUCCCAAGCCACAGUUGAUAAACAAAAGACUUCUCUACCUUUAAAAUCCUCUCAGGGACGAGUUUCUCGUCCGCCACCUCCGAAGCGGUUUAAGGCAGACGAAUGGACUGCAAUCCCGGUUCCAAACGGCGACCUGGCUGACGUGGAGGAAGAGAUGCCCGAGGUUGCUGUCGUCAUAGCAAAGGAUGGCAAGUACCAAACAUUUCACCCUGUCGAAGGCAAUCCUAGAACCGGUUCGUUUGCCACUCAUACGCUGAGGACGGCAAGCCAACCAUUGCGAGGUGAACCAGGACCCUCUCAGCGGAUUAUGCGAUCAAUUCCUAAUAAGAAUGGUAUCCGUGCGAAUGGGAACGGCUAUGGUGCAAGCCAGUCGAUACCAUAUCAAGAGUCUUACGCCGCGAGCCAGUCACGAUUUGCUGCGAUCACAUCUGCACUGAGACAGACGACUAUUGCGGAAGAGGAUAAUGAGCUUGCCAAGUUACGGGCGCAAAUCGAAAAGCUAAAACUUGAGCACGAAGCAACUUUGGCCGCUUUGAAAGAGGCAUCUGAAGCUCGGCUUGAGAGAGAGGGUGAAGUUGAGACCUUGAGACGUAACAUGGCAAAGUCGAGUCACUCCUACAAUGAGAAGAUUAACAAGCUCCAACAAGAAAAGUCUGAGGAAAUAGAGAAGAGGAAAGCAGCAGAACGAAAGCUGAACCAAGAAUUGGAGAGGGCCCGUACAAACUUUGCACUCAAAGUGCAGGAACUAGAGACUACCGUGCGCAAGACGCCAUGGUCCGUAAGUCGAUCUGGUUCGGGCCGAGGUAGCAUUGGUCUUCAAGCCCAGUUCGAGACCCCGAAAAAAUUUGGAGGACAAGAAGUCUCAACGUCAGCGGUGAGAAACAGACGCGAAUUCCCUCAGCGAGCUGCUCCAGCCCAUUCCAAAUCAACUCAACCCUUUACUGGAUUUGUGGACUCCUUCAAUGGCGGGUCUCCUGUUAAGCCACGACAUCGAACGCAGCCUCCUGCCGUCAUAAUGGAGGCUCCUGUCAGAGGCACACGACCAAAUCUUGACCACUACUUCUCUCCAAUCGAUGCCGAUUCACAAUCAAGGGCACCUGGUCAUGCAAAAUCAGAAUCUCGAGACGAGGCUGCCUCGCUGGUCUUCGAAAGCUUCCCAGACGUGGACGGGUACGGUGAAUCACCGAGAAUAAACAUAGAGAUUGGCACGAGUAUGGGUGAAGUGAGAGAUGAAGAUAAAAUAGAAGAGGAGUUGCUUCAAGGCGGCGAGCUCAUUAAUUUACCGGAUGUGCGGGAGCAGUGUUACGCUAUCUUGUUUUCACACACAUCACUCCCCGACUAUCAACUGACUCUGCAACGUCUGUUCUCCUUGGAUCUCUCGAAUCUACAGGAGGAACGAGACACAUACGUCCAUAGUUGCUCCUCUCUGAUGGAAGCCGUGGCAUCCCGAGAACCGGACUUCCUUCCGGUAGCAUCAAGGAUUGCGACUUCCCUGAUACGUAUGGCAGGAGUCCUAUCCCGAGCCUCUUCGCUCGUCAACUUGGCAGCCGUUCUCGAAUUGAUAGGGACGAUGUGCCUAUGGAUCGAUGGACUCACAUCUUUAUUGCUCGAUUGCGAGGAGCUAUGCCCUGCAAUAUUAAGCGCUCUGGUCGACAUAGUCAAAUCCCAUGGCCUUCCACCCUCCGGCGGCAAUGCUGAUGCUUGGGAAGUCGCCAUGCGACAGGGUCUACUUCUGAUGGAGUUACUCUGUCUAACCUCUCCGCAAGAUGACAUUAACCAAUUGGAACAUCUUGUUCGCGCCCCAAAUAUGAUGUCCACUUUGCUCAAUGAGAAGCAGCCAACUUGGGUUCUCUGUGCAUCUAUGCGCAUAUUCUGCAUAAUUUCAACCUAUUCCGAAUGCGCUGCCAUGCUCCUGUCAUAUCCUCAUAAUCCUGGAACGAGAAAUCCGACAGGCGAUCUGACACGAAUCCCUCAUAUCGAACGAAUUUCCCAUUUGCUUGUAGACUCAGUCACCUUGAGUAGCGCAGAACAUCACGAGCUUCAAGCUUCAAUUAUCACAUCUCUGACUCAGCUCACACUCGCGUCUCCAGAGGCAAUGGCAACGGUAACACAUUCUCAGUCUGUCAUACCCUCCUUGGUUGCAACGCUUGACGCCUACGCGACGUUGCUUUGGGACGAGCAUCCAAUCGAGUCUUUGGAGGCCAGCAAGCAUACCAAAAAAAAUCUCGACCUUGUAGUUGGCAUUUUGCAACUUCUGCAUUACAUCGUCUUCAAAAUGGGCGCCCAGCUUGACCUUCAGCGUGUGAUUCAAUUCCCACCCCAUCGUUUCAACGGACUCGAGCAUAUGUUCGUUGUAGGGCUGGGGCGACUCAGCUAUGCGGAUCCGCCCGAAUGGAAUGACAACACUUGCAAGCUUCUUUGCGAGACUUGCACUGAGUUGGCUCGCGACCUAUUGGAGCAAUUCAUAAAUGGUCCAGAAGUAGAUACGAUAUGGGUUCUCUGUGUCUGUGUGGCAAAGUUUACGCUAGAGUUGGCGUUGAGCAUCACGACUCCUCAAGGUCGAAUAAAGACCAAUACGGGAGUAGAAUCGCCGUUGAAUGCGCUCCCUCAAGCAUUUCGACUCUCCCGACUCGCGAGUUUGCACGACGUGACCAACUUCCAGCCAUUUUGGGUCGACAUCCCGGACAGAGAUGGCUCUUUGUCUCCCAAUAUCACGCUUUGUCUCUGUGUUUUACAAUCCGAGCUUGCCGAGGUAAUGGAUGUGCUUCUAGCAUGGCCAGGCUUUAUUUCUCUCGUCCUGAUCCAGGGGGCGCCUAUUGACAGAGCAUUCAAGCGGCGCGUCAAGGUCGACCUCCAUCCCUUGCUCCAAUUCAAAGGAGGGAAGGCAGGAAUAGCCAUUCACACUUACAGGCACACACAGUCUGGGUUUCCGCCCAUCAAUGCACUCCUAAACCUGGCCCGGUUCUACGCACAGACGGUGGCCGUUCUUUUGGCGUCUUCUGCUGCCGCGGUACCCAUGAUCGACAUCCACGGCCUAGACUACUCCGACGUGGGAACAGCGACGUUCUUCCUUCUCACCGGUGGUCAUACCUCACCGGCGGAUCAGGGCACAACUGAACGCGACUUCGACGUCUCUUCCAGCAGUGCAAUCUUGCUCCGCCAGGACGCGCCUUAUUGGUGCCCCGAACGGUUCUUGUCUACUGCAUCAUUCCAAUGGGAACAGUGCACUUGGUUCAUCUGGCUUCACUCACUCGGUGAUCAUCGGCUCAAGCGCAUCUCGGCCCAAGGGGCUCCUGCAUCUACCACUGUGGAGCACGUAUUGGUGCGUUGGAAAAAGUUAUAG